GCCAGACUCUCACGGGUUAACGCCUUAGAGUUCUAAACACUUGGAGGCACUGACUCUGCAGAUGGGCGGUGUUACUAAAGAACAUUCUCCAGCAUAGAGCGCGCAGCACGGGGGUGCAGGGGAAGCGGGUUAUUGGGGAAUAGACCAGAAUCUGUCACAGUCUAGACCCGGUAACAGGGGGAUGCAGUGUUCACAGUGCCGAGUCUCUAGUGUUUAAUACAUUGCUACGCAGGGCAGCUAGUGGGCGUGGCUUGUGUUGAGUUUGGCGCCGCUGUGACGUUCACACGGAGAUUUGAGUGGCAUGGGAGAAAAUGGCGGCACGUGGAGGUAAGUCUCUCGCCUUAUGGGAGUCUGGGCUGGCGGGCUCAGUCUGAUGACACAAAGCGUAUAGUGUGUCCACACUGAAUAACCAGCACUGUGUGUAUUGUAUUAUAUUAUAUACAGCAUGGACUGUACUGACAUAAUAUAUAAUAUUAUAUACACUGACUACUGACUGUAUUUACUAAUCUAUAUUAUGUGGAGCAUGGAGUGCUAUAAAUAAUACACGCCAUACUGAAUAUAUAUAUGUUUGUGUGUGUGUGUCAUACAGAGCGUGCAGUACUUAUUGUAUAUAUCUAUAUAAUACAUUGAUAUAAUCUGUUCAAUCCUUGGGGGUUGAAGGUAUAAUUCCUGGCAGAGUUGACUCAGCCCUUCAUUUUUCCGAUGUAGAUGAGUACCACUGAAGUGGGUAACAGUAACAUCCCCUGGAUGUCAUCCCCAGUAUGUACUUGGAAACCAGAGUAAUCUAAAUGUACCUUUCCUGGUUCAAUAUUUUGUUGUUGCUAUUAUUUUUAGUAGUAGUAGUAUUGCCAUUUAUAUAGCGCCAACAGAUUCCGUAGCGCUUUACAAUAUUAUGAGGGGGGGAUUUAACUAUAAAUAGGACAAUUACAAAAAACUUACAGGAACGAUAGGUUGAAGAGGACCCUGCUCAAACAAGCUUACAGUCUGUAGGAGGUGGGGUAUAAAACACAUUAGGACAGGAUAACGCAUGUAGUACUGGCUGUAAAUUUAUAUAGGGUGGCCUAAAAGUAGCUAUACAGUAAAGAAAAAUUAUUUUAUCUGCCCUUCACUAUCCUUUCCAUCUGCCACACUGAUAUUUAAAUACCUACAUUUUACAGUAACUUUGUGUGUGUGUAUGUGUACCCAUAUAAUCUAAUGUAUUGAUUCAACUGUAUCCUAGCUUUUGGGCCACCCUGUAUAUAUCAUACACCGCAAAUAGUACAGACUGUAUGUACAUAUAUCAUGCAGUACUGACUACAUAUCUAUCUAAUACACGGCAUGCAGUAUUGACUGCAUGUAUAUCAUGCAUAGCAAGAAGACCUGAUUGUGUUGUCUCUUGCUAUCUUAAAAGGUCCACUCUCCUGGUUCUAAUACUUUCCCAUGUUGUCAGUUGGUUGCAAUUCCCCACUCUGUACUUCCUACUGUGUUUCCCUUCAGGCAUUCUCAUGCCAACACUGUCCUUUCAAAGAAAAGGCCGUGUUUACAUUGCCCUCUAGGUACACCUCAUAGCACUGGUUCAAUGUAUCUCUAUACGGAAUCCUUCUUCUAAGGUGUGUGAAAGCCACCUAAAUGGUGGUGGUUUUAACACUCUAGGGCAGUGGUUCCCAAACUUUUUAUGUUCAAGGCACCCUUAAUAUUUCAGUAUUUUUCCAAGGCACCCCAAGUCAAAAUGUCUAGGUUGUAUAUCUGUACAGCGCUGCCGCAUUUACUGGCACUAUAGUGUAAUGUACAGUGUUGGUGUUUGAAGGGGUGCUUGUAAACAUUUAUUGUGUUUUAAUGCAGGGGUGUGUCUGAAUGUAAUGUUCACUUUUACAUGUGGAUGUACAUUUGUGUGACGUAUUUGUGUUUGUAUGUAAUAUGUUAGAUUACAGGGGUGUUUGUAUGUUGUGCUGGUGUUUGACUGCUUGGAUGUAUGCGCAUGCAUACAUACACAGAUAUUCAUGCACAUUAACACAGAUGCAUAUAAAUACACCGACACAUACACACCCACACAUGCACCCUGACACACAAACGUUGAUACAUGCCCACACCACAGAUACACACUAACAUAAAAACAUACACAGAUGUGCGCACGCGCACAGAAGCAAACUGAUUAUAUAUAAUUAGCCCUUGCACUCCAACUCAAAAAAACAAUGAUACCCGGUGCUCUGGUAGCUAAGCACUAUAUACAAAAAAAUACCGGCACUCCGAGGAUUUCCAGAAUAUAAUCAUCUUUAUUCUAAAUGACAUCAACGUUUCAGCUCCCUUACAGAGCUUUCAACAGGAUACACAAACUACAUUAAAAUGAAACAAGCUUAUAUAGGACAUGUAAUACAAAUUAAAUUAAAGGGUACUCACUUACAGGUGAUCCUCAUUUCCGUUUGCCGCCGGGUUCGCCGACCUGCUCACAUUUACUUCCGGGUUCCAGGUUGUAUAUCCGAGCCCACCAAGUAGUGUGUUCCAUCAGACUAGUCGUCACACGUCGCUGGGGCAACCAUAGACGCUCAUGUUUCUUUGGCUGCUCCCGUGUGUCCAGGCGCCGAUUUGAGUCAAACACAUAUAUAUAUAUAUAAUAAUCUCCAGCCACCCUCCUAUUAGCUUACCUUAUGUGCCAGGAGGGUGGCUUGGAGUCCUGUUGCUGUGGGAGUGAGGGGUCUCAAGCUCUCCAUGUUCCUCUCCCCUCACACUGCGGCUGCCUCCUCUCCCUGCAGGAUGCUGGGAGGAAGUGACAGGCUGUCACUUCCAGCCAGCCGACAUUACAGGGUCACGGUCUUAAAGGACCGCAGCACUCGACUGGGUCCCUGUUGAGCAGUAAUGUUUCCCCUGUGUGCACAUCCGCUGCUAUUGGGUAAGGAAAAAGUUUGUGUUCCUGACCCUAUCGUGUUCGUUUAAUUCUGAGGGUCUACCAUUACAGUCUUCUUUUAUUAAUUUGUAUUUUUCUCUACAGCUUGGUGUGUGCCAUGCCUCGCUUCCCAGGAAACACUCCAGGAGAUGUGCAGGAAAGAAAAACUAAUCUGCAAAUGUAUUGGGAUAACCAAAAGGAAUCUAAACAGUUAUGAAGUGGAGUAUCUAUGUGACUACAAAAUAAAAAAGGUGAGCUGUGCCAUUAUCAUUUAAAAAAAAAAAAAAUAAUAAUAAAAAAAAUAUAUAUAUAUAUAUAUAUAUAUAUAUAUAUAUAUAUAUACAGAAUCCAGCGCACUCGCUUAUUCACUAAACAAUGCUUUCAAAAUCUUAGAGAUUGUAAUAGUUUUAUUUAAAAACACCUUACCUAGGCAAAAAAUAAUGGGGGUUUAGUUACAUUAUAUGAUCAUAUAUUGCAUAAGCCUGCCACAACGCCAAUGUACCCCAUUCUUGGCAGGUCCUACUCUAGCAGCCUAAUGCUUGCCCUUAUGAGAUUAAUCCACUUACUUGGGAAAUACUUCCUUACUGGGACUCUCUGCAAGUCAAGGCUAAAUAGGGUCCUGGAAUGAGGCACCUGUGACAGGGAGGGGUGCAAGACCAAGGAGCUGGCCUGGACUCCCAAAUAUACAAACAAAACCAAGCAUUAGGCUGCUAGAGUAGGACCUGCCAAGAAUGGGGUACAUUGACGUUGUGGCAGGCUUAUGCAAUAUAUGAUCAUAUAAUGUAACUAAACCCCCAUUAUUUUUUGCCUAGGUAAGGUGUUUUUAAAUAAAACUAUUACAAUCUCUAAGAUUUUGAAAGCAUUGUUUAGUGAAUAAGCGAGUGCGCUGGAUUCUGUAUUUUAUAUAUUUUGGCCCCAGCAGCACCCUGUAAUGUAUGCAUGUUUAGGUGAGUGCAGCCCUCUUGGUUUUGUUUGUAUAUUUGGGAGUCCAGGCCAGCUCCUUGGUCUUGCACCCCUCCCUGUCACAGGUGCCUCAUUCCAGGACCCUAUUUAGCCUUGACUUGCAGAGAGUCCCAGUAAGGAAGUAUUUCCCAAGUAAGUGGAUUAAUCUCAUAAGGGCAAGCAUUAGGCUGCUAGAGUAGGACCUGCCAAGAAUGGGGUACAUUGACGUUGUGGCAGGCUUAUGCAAUAUAUGAUCAUAUAAUGUAACUAAACCCCCAUUAUUUUUUGCCUAGGUAAGGUGUUUUUAAAUAAAACUAUUACAAUCUCUAAGAUUUUGAAAGCAUUGUUUAGUGAAUAAGCGAGUGCGCUGGAUUCUGUAUUUUAUAUAUUUUGGCCCCAGCAGCACCCUGUAAUGUAUGCAUGUUUAGGUGAGUGCAGCCCUCUUGGUAUGUGUGUGUGUAUAUAUAUAUAUAUAUAUAUAUAUAUAUAUAUAUAUAUAUAUAUAUAUAUAUAUAUAUAUAUAUAUAUAUAUAUAUAUAUAUAUAAAAUUUUAUUUUAUUUUUUCCUGUGUUGCACAAAUGAAUUGGGUGACAGAAAUAACUGGUGUUUAUGAGAGGCUGCAGGUAAAUUUAAUGGAUACGGUGCUUUAAAAAGGGACUUUCGGUUUACUGUUUCUUUUUUUUUUUUUUUUUUUUUUUUUUUUUUUUUUUUUUUUUUUUUUUUUUUAUAUUUUUGCCUAAAAUUGUUGUAGAAGCCUUUAAAAUUAUUUAAAGGGACACUAUAGUCACCUGAACAACUUUAGCUUAAUGAAGCAGUUUGAGUGUAUAGAACAUGCAGCUGCAGCCUCACUGCUCAAUCCUCUGCCAUUUAGGAGUUAAAUCCCUUUGUUUAUGAACCCUAGUCACACCUCCCUGCACGUGACUUGCACAGCCUUCCAUGAACACUUCCUGUAAAGAGAGCCCUAUUUAGGCUUUCUUUAUCGCAAGUUCUGUUUAAUUAAGAUUUUCUUAUCCCCUGCUAUGUUAAUAGCUUGCUAGACCCUGCAAGAGCCUCCUGUAUGUGAUUAAACUUCAAUUUAGAGAUUGAGAUACAAUUAUUUAAGGUAAAUUACAUCUGUUUGAAAGUGAAACCAGGUUUUUUUUUUUUUUGUUGUUUUUUUUUUUUUCAUGCAGGCUCUGUCAAUCAUAGCCAGUGGAGGUGUGGCUAGGGCUGCAUAAACAGAAACAAAGUGAUUUAACUCCUAAAAGACAGUGAAUUGAGCAGUGAAAUUGCAGGGGAAUGAUCUAUACACUAAAACUGCUUUAUUUAGCUAUAGUAAUUUAGGUGACUAUAGUGUUCCUUUAAUAUUCUGAAAAAUAAAUAUUUUGAUAUGUUUUUGUUACAUAUAUGCAUUUUUGAUAUAAAUAUUUUUUUUAAAUGUUUUUAUGUUUGUCCAAAAGUAUUAAAUCAUUUGAAAAGCUUAUCCAAUAAUAUUAUAUUGAGCCCAGUGUUAUUCUGUAUAUUUAGAAGAUAUGUUAUACAAGUUUUGAAAGUUAAUGUUGAAAUCCACACUUAACCCUAGAACUAUCCUUUGCUCCUUGUCAACCAUCAUUAUAAAUGUUGCUUUUUCGGCCAUUUAGUAGAGUUGGUGGAAGAGGAGAAACUGAUGUUUCUAUUCUACUCCUUACUUGUACUGUGUGCUUUUGCUUUGGAACUGAAGUUAAUUGUGAUGUUGCUAGCCAAAUUGUUAAUAAACAUUUUAAAAGUACAGAGCAUCACAUGGAAAAGGUUUUAUACAACAGGUGACUUUUAAUGUUUUAUUAUAUAGUAUAAUUUCCAGAAAAGUGACAGUUCUGCUUUAAAACUUGCUGUGGCCAGAUCCAGAACAAAAAAAACCCAAAACAUAGUUGUAACUCUACGUAUUGCAUUUCUUAUCACAAUUAGUUCCAAAUUCGUUAAAUUUGUGCAAAUACAUUAGUGCUACUAGGUAGGACAUGUUGUUCUAUUAUAUCCUUGGUAAAUGUAUUACUUUAAGAGACAACACAGUGAAAAAUCAUUUUUUUUUUAAAUGGGAGACUUUUAUGAUCUGUAUUUGAAUAUAUGAAGUUUUAUCACGUUAAUGACUCUGUGUGAAAUAAGCUUAUGUGACUUUUAUUAAGAUGCAUAUUAGCUCACAAGAGAUGAGACUGGUAAAGUAUCAUGAGAUUUGUAAAUCUGAAACCGAUCAGGAUCUUUUUGCUACCUGCUUUUAAUGAUUUAGGUAGCUGUUCUGUUUUAUAUAAAGUACACUAGUUUCUCUGGGGGAGCACAUUGAAAAACCUGUGAGAAAAAACAAAUACAUUUUUAUUUUGGAAUUUUCUGUAAUGUUGCAACAACCAGCCAUUAACAUUAAAUCUUACUUUAUUUAAAGGGUAAAGAAUAUUUCCUGGUGAAAUGGAAGGGAUGGCCGGAGUCCUGUAAUACGUGGGAACCCAAAGAUAACUUAAAAUGCCCUGCAAUUCUGAAGCAAUUUCACACAGAUCUCUAUAAGUACUUGUCUCAACUUCAGUUUAAUAACAGAGGAGUGGUAAAAGACAGUAUUAAAUUUUUGGAUCCUACUGUUUCAGACUACAUAGUCAAAAAGGCUAAGCAACGAAUUGCACUCAGACGCUGGGAAGAAGAGCUGAACAGGAAAAAGAACCAUAAUGGAAUGAUUUAUGUGGAAAAUAUAGUGGAUUUAGAGGGCCCUCCUGUAGACUUCUACUACAUUAACGAUUACAAGGCCUCUCCAGGUGUUAUUACUUUGGGCGAAGCCAUUGUUGGUUGUGAAUGCACGGAUUGCUUUACAGGUAAAUGUUGUCCCACAGAAGCAGGGGUUGAGUUUGCCUAUAAUGAACAAAAACAAAUUAAAAUCCCGCCUGGAAGACCUAUUUAUGAAUGCAAUUCAAGAUGCAAAUGUGGCCCAGAUUGUCCUAAUCGGGUAGUGCAGAAAGGUCCACCGUACUCUUUAUGCAUCUUUAGGACACACAAUGGUCGUGGAUGGGGAGUGCAGACACUCCAGAAGAUCAAGAAGAACAGCUUUGUGAUGGAAUAUGUUGGUGAAGUAUGUAUUAUUAAAUAGAAGUUGUUCUUUUGUAAGGUAUUUGUGCUCCAGUUAAGUUGUUUUGGCUUAUUUCAAUUUUAAGGACAUGCUUUAUUCAUUGAGCUAAAUUGACCUCAUUAGGGAGUUAUAACAUGUUCACCCUUAAAGCUGCUUUAAUACGCCAUACGUACUUUUCUUAAAGUGAUUCCUCUUGUCCCACUCUCUCAAAAUCUGGUCUUCGUUUCUGAUCUCACGUAAAAUACGUAAGGCAAAGUAAGAACUACUUUUGUCUUCUGUAUUUUUCCUUCCCUUGAGAAAGGGUGGAGUUUAAGGCAAGCUCCACUUCUUUGUCAAGUUCUGUUUUUCCACAAUGUUCACAUGCUUGUUGUGUCCUGCGCUCGUAUUCUCAGAUUUCUACUCUUUGCUUCCCUGAACUUAUUACAUGCCAAGUACAAACUUCUUGGCUUCCUUCUGUUGGGCAUGCAUUGUUCGUGGUGCAAAGUGUGUGCAGAUAAAGACAAGGAAAACCAUCCCUUCCUGGUUCCUGAAAAAAGUGGCGCAUUAAAAAAGGUCCAGUGCGGUUACUAUGGGUAGGAAGGAAAGAUGAAAAUGGGGAACAAAAGUUAAGACACACAUUAUGGGUCACAAAGGGCUAGGACAGGGGUAGGCAAUCUUUUAGCAGCACUGUGCCGAUAUAGGAGUGUGAUGUCCCGUAGCGUGCCGAUCCUAUUUUUUUUAAAAAAAUUUAAAUUGAGGUGUGUAUGCUGCCGUAUUCUGCUUAUUUUUUACCGUAUAGGAGCUAUUAUAUUGUAUAUGUUCAUUAGUAGUUUAUGGUAUCGUGUAUGAAACAUAUGAAUGUGGGGUGUGGAUGGAUAUGUCACAUUGUGUGUGGGGGCUGUUUGGGGUAUUACAUGUGAGAGGCUGCAUGUGGGGUUGUGUGCAUGUAUGUGGAUUGUGUGUAUGUUUGUGGCCUGUUCGUAUUAUUUGUAUGAGGGGAGGGUUAUUCUGCAUUUCUGUGUAUAUCUAGCAGUGUGGGUGGGUUCCCUGGUACAGGUCAAGGACAGGAGCUGCAACAGCAGCUGCAGGGUGCUCUACUACAGAUCUGAGAUCACUUCCUCUACAUGCUGCAAUGCAUACGUUGAGGAUUGUCCUUCACCAUCUUUUCGUUUUAGCAGAUAUCUGAAGUUUCACUGGGACUCCUGUUUGGCUCUAGCAGCCUUGAGUGCCGUGCAAAGACACCUCGAGUGCCGUAGGUUGCCUACCUCUGGGCUAGGAGAUUGGGGAGGGGGGGUCAUAAAAGUGCCAGGGCAUGACAGAGCUACUUUAAUUGCUGAAAUGUGGAGUAAAGGACAUUGAUUUGUAGCUCAGUGGUUCUUAACAAGUGUUCAGACCUAAGGAUUAGUUUCCAUGUAAUUUAAUUUUUUAUUGUAAUAAGCAGAUUGAUCAUCAAUAACAACAUAUAUCACAUUUUGUUUACUAUAAGUCUGCAAUACAUCCUAGGGGAUUUGACCACUCAAGAGGCAGUCCUCUUGGCCUUCACAAAGGGUAUCUGUGAGGACCAAAGCCUCCUAAGCAGGUGAGAUACUUCUGGGUAAGGCACACACUUUGGUGUUCCUUGAAUUCUAAAGUUCUGUUUGAUGCAUGUCCUCCAUUCAUGCAAUUUUUGCUUCAAACUGUUGCUGUCUUAAUUUAAGCUGCUCCAGAUCAACAGACAUGUCUUGGUAGGUUUACCUAAAUCCCUGUAUUUUGCACACCAACGCAGUCACAACCUCUCUCAUGGAUAUCUGCAGAAAACAGUGUCUGUAUAUCUUUUUGUAGCACCUUAAUGUCCACUUUGCACACUAAAAAGUGGCUAUCCUAAGCAGGGGUGCCUAAAUGGGUUGUUAUUUUGCAGCAGUAAAUCGGCUAGGUUGUCUGGAACACUUUCCUCUGCAGAUAUUAGAAAGAGGGCUUACCCGCUGGCAAUAUCUUGACUGAAUGAGUCAGGUGGAUUAGGUCCCAAGUACAUAAGGAUAGGACUCGCCAGUUCUGCUCCUUUGGUGUGUCUCCGAUUGACCGCCCUUUUCAGAAACUGGGGGAGCAGGUCUUGAAUAUGCUGGGACUUAGAAUGCUAGUCGCUGUGUUCGUUUUGCGCCCCAUUCCAAAAAGAGGGGAUAAUAUUGUCCCCAAACCAGUGGCAGAAAGUGAAUAGAAUAAAGCAUAUAAACAUAUUCUCCCUGGAGCACCAUAUUCAUCAGGCCCCAGGCAACUAUCUGUAAUAAACUUUACUGCAGCAGAAUUGCCUUUCCAAAAGGAGUGGAGCACCAAUGAUACGGGGAUAAGUCUAAUCAGGAUGUUCUACAAAAUGAAUUAUUUAAUCUUCAUGAAGUUACAUUUGAAUGCUGUGUUUGUGGUUCUCUGCCAAAAGAAUGUUUAAGAACCACAUAUAAACAGAUCCAAUGUUAAUAGGGUUUUUAAAACAAUGUAGUAAAGAAAAAUUUUCUUUUUGAAAGGUCAAACCCUUAAACUACGCACUAGAACACCUACAUGCAGAGGUAGUGCUGAUAAGUUAUAAUGCAAUGGGUGCUUUUCUGACGUUCUUGGUUAUAUUAUUUUAGGAGUAUUUGACCAAAACUGAUGUCCCUGUGGCCUAGCCUCCACUUCUGUCCAUUUCAUGGGAAAACUAGCAUGUCUUGCAGCCAAAAUGUAUGACUAGCUCACAUUUCGAAGUUGGUUGUUAGUAAUUAUAUUCUGUUGAUGUGUUUAAUUCUGAUUGAGAAAAUUGCAUAUAGCAGAGAAGAUACAUGUAGUUUUAAACAAUUUGGGAUGCCUUUUACAUCUAAAAAGAAAAACUUAAAGGGAUACUCCACUGCCCAAAUGAAAAUAAAUAAAUCACUAUUUAGUAGAUAGUCAAAGCAUACAUGCAUUUUUAUGCUCCUCCUUUUUUUUUUUUUUUUUUUUUAUUGGCAGCUUGGGAAAGCUGCAGAUCUCUUGUCCAAUAAAGACUAUCCAAUGCAGAUCUAUGAGAAGUCUUUGAAAGGCAAGUCCUCUGAGCAAUUGCUGCCUCUUGAGUUUAGCUCUACUGAGCUAAACAACCAGCAAGUAGCAUGACUGUCUGACAGCUGAGGGUGGGUGUAACAAAGUAAAUUUAUACGUGCCAAUUUCUAUUAAAAUCUACCCUUUUUUAAUUUUAUUUUUAACCAUACUUUUCAAAUGUUAACAGCCAUUUAAAAAAAAAUAAAAAAAAUAACUAUUUCAAUUGAGGUAGCACAUAUGCUGCUUAAAGGAACAAUCCACUGGCCCCCCAAAAAAAUCACUGCUUUAGUAGAUAUUACACAAAUCAAUACUUGCAUGUAUUCAAUUAUGCAUUUUUAUGUCUUUAUCUAAAAAGCUUCAGAGCUUUAGGCUGCUGCCUUUGCAAGCCCUCCUCUUCUAACUCACCCAUACUUUCUGUGGCUGUCCAAUCGCAGACUUCAAAGAGAAGUCUUUGUAAAGAAGGUGCUCUGAGCAAUUGCUGAGCUAAACAAACCAGAAUAUAACAGGACUGGUUGCCUAAUGGACAGUCAGGGGAUGUAACAAGGUUAAUUUAUAAAAGUGUCAAUUAAUAUUGAAAUCUGCUCUUCUGCAAAAUGGGGGCGGGAAAGCAGUACACACUCUGUAUACAAAGCUUCUCCACAAUCUCAAGUGCUUUUAAGGGUCUGGAGUGUCCCUUUAACUUGACAUAUAAAAUGUGAUUUUGUAAUAGACAACAUGGGAACAAACUCAAUUUAGUACUGGGUAAACUGUCUCUACCAGUAGAACAGUGAAAUAGAAAAGUUUGUAGCCAUGGUGACCUAACCUGGAGUUUGUCAUAUUCAAGGGACAUUAGAGUAACCAGAACAACUACAGAUUAAUGUAGUUGUUCUGGUGUCUACUGCCUGUCCCUACAGUCUUUAUAAUGUAAACACUGACAUUUCAAACAAAAGUCAGUGUUUACAUUACUGCCUAGUAACACCUUUCGGGGCAGUCACUUAGGCAGCCACUAGAGAUGGUUCCUGGGUCAGGGCUGCACAAUGUAAAUUAGGUCCAGGCAUCCAGGAUUGCUGCAGAAAGGCAGGUUUAUUGGAACAAAAAAGUGCAACGUUUCAACCUACACAGAAGCUUUUAUCAAGCUUACUAAAGGCCUCUGUGUAGGCCGAAACGUUGCACUUUUUUUUUUUUGUUCCAAUAAACCUUUCCUUUCUGCAGCGAUCCUGAGUGCCUGGACCUAAUUUAUUUGAUUUACUGUGUGUGUGUGUGUGUGUGUGUGUGUAUGUAUAUAUGUAUGUGUAUAUAUAUAUAUAUAUAUAUAUAUAUAUAUAUAUAUAUAUAUAUAUAUAUAUAUAUAUAUAUAUAUAUAUAUAUAAUAUACAUCCCAGUCAUCCCUACUUCUUGGUCUUCGUAUAAAAUCAAAAUAGCUUUAUUAGAUAUACAUUAGAAAGGAAGAUCGACGUUUCAGCCCCACUGUGGGCUUUCCUCAGGAUCAAAAAUUACAUACAUAAGACCAAUAUAAACUAAACUGUCUUAUAUACUAUAAGUAAAACAAGUAAAUGAAUGAUGGACUCACCACAGCUGUUGUUGCCACCCGAUCGGCGUCCUACUGUUCACUGUGCGCAUGUGCAUAGACAGCCAGUGCGAACUGCACUACGGCAUGACGUUGCACGCAUCUCCCUGUCAACCCAAGUAAACUUUGCUGCGCUGCCAUGGUGACCUGCAGACGCCGUGCGGGCGGCACGAUAAACCACCUAUCUGAAAAAAGUGAUCGGUGCAAUACAGCCGUUAGAGUAAAGACAAAUGGAUAAAAACAUGUAAAAUUAAAACAUACGACUAAAUAUAUAUGCCUAGUCAUUUACUUAAAUAUAAUAGACUUAAUUGCUCAUGUGCUUUACUAAUAAAGGUGAAUUAAGUGCACCAUGUGAUACUUAUAUUGCACUAUACUGCAAAAAUGCACCAGAGUUCAAGAAAGUGCAUAAUGUGCAUUUAUUUAAAGUGCUAAUGCUAAUUACGUGUCAAAUCACUAGAAAUAAAGAGAAAAUACCCUGUUGUGAAUAGACCUUAAAAACUUUAAAGUGCCGCAUGCAAAAAUGAUGUUAAAUGACUUGUAUUGUCCCUCAAAAGUGACUGUGAUAAAUCAUAUGUGUAAAAAAAACUGAGUGACUGAUUUUAAGAUCCAAGUAGAAAAAUUAUACUCAGAUGUUAUCCUAGUGUAAUGGAUACUUAUAUAGAGUUACUAAAAACUAUAAAUAAUAUAAUAAAGUGCAUACAGUUGGAAAAAACACAAAAUAUAUACUUGUAUGACUGUUAACAGAGCAUUAAUUAAAAAUUCUUAAUCACUAUAUGUACAUUAAACAAUGAUAGAUCUAGGCAAUACAUGCAUAUCAGUGUAUUAUUACUCAAGCAGGUUAUGAAUUAUAAGAAUGAAAGAGUAAACGUUCAUUAAGUCCUCUGGGAGAUAAUGUAUCUAAUUCGUCGAUCCAAUAGGCUUCUCUGAGUAGAAGUUGACCUCUGUCACCGCCUCUUUUAUCUUGUAGUAUAUGGUCAAUAGCCGUAGAUUUUAAAGCGGAUAAAGGGUGUUGUGACAGAAAAUGUUUUGCUACUGGCUUUGUUAUGGGCAAAUGCAAAUAUUACAAGUUUUAGAAUGAAAUGUUGUAUUUCUUAAACUGUGUACUUUGUCUUUAAGAGAGAUUGCAAACUGACAAGGUGUUAGAAAUGGAACAUAUUGUUUUUCAUAACUGUUUCUUUAAGCAAUAACCUCAGUGCAUAAUAUGUUUGCGCCAUUUUGUCCCAGACAAAUUACAAUAACAAUAAUGCAUAAACAAGCUUCAAGGCUAUACUACGACUCUUGCAGUACACAAUAUACUGUGGUAACCCCAAGUUAAUGGAACUUCCACAAAUCCGGGAAUCUCCCACGACUGCGCACUUACGACUUAGUAUAAACAGAUAACCUAUUCAGACUUUAAGAUGCCAUCUUGAACUAAGUCAGGAAAAUUUCCAUGACGUAUGCACCCUUCUGUUAUGGCCUUGUAUGUUUGCCAAAUGAAGGGAGGUCCUAAAAUGAAUAAAGUAAAUGAACUACGGUAACCCUAAAAUGGAGACACCUAAGGUAUAAAUAGGUGUACUUUUAAAUGUUAAACAGGGGAGAGACUUGGAGACAGACGCUGCUCCAUCUUAAAAUGACAGAGAGGCUGACAUGAUGACAUGUUCAGAAGGGUAUGUUAACCUAUUAAUGAUAUUUGCAAGCAUGUAAUUUAAUCUUAUAAACUCUGCUAUAAUGGAUUUUAUAUUUAUAUUUUUAUAUAAUAAAUAUCCAAAAAGACAAAACUAUUGCUUCCAAGACAAUCUUUAUUUUAUAUUGUAUUCUCAAUUAUUUAUAUAUGUUAAAUAGAGGAUCUCUUACACUAUAUAAAAUUAUGGCUAAGAUAUCUGUAUGGUUAGCCCUACUAAGUUCUAUGCUUUAAGACAUUAUAGUGGUAAAUAAGGGAACCACCUGCGGUUACAGCUUGUCUGAAACACCAUCCCUGUACGCCAGCCGGAUUUAUGUCCCCUUAUCCUUUCGCGUAGUGGGGGGUCUCGGUUUUUCCCACGUAGUUGAGUCCACAUGGACAUAUCAGCUUGUACACGACACAUGUUUUGUUUUUUUUACAUGUAAUUGUGUGUCUAAUUUCAUAUCUUGUAUUAGUAUGUGGAUGGUUGAAAUACUUGGCUUAUGCCAUAUGUCCACAGGUGACGCAACCCAGACAGCGUACACACCCACGAUUAGUUGUCUUUGAUGCUUUGGUGUAGCUUUUUACUGGAUCUGUCUUUACCAGCAUAUCCUUCAAGUUCUUGUUUUGCUUAUAACAAAUGAGUGGAUUUUCUUUAAAAACUUUAGGGAGCGUGUCAUCCGUGGAAACCAUUCGCCAGUUAUACCUGAUCACUUUGGCUACCAAGGGUGAUUGUUGAUGGAACGUCAAUGGAAAUACCAGUUUCUGUGGGGCUUCAACCUUCUGAGGUGCAUGUGCCAUCUUGGCAUCGUUCAAUGCUCGCUCAAGGACAUUAUCUUUAUAACCACGGUUUAGAAACUUCUGGUACAUUUCUUUUAGUUGUCUUUCCAUUGAAUCAUUAUAUGAAUUAUUCUUGAUCACACAAAGAAAUUGUGCUUUGGGUAAAGAAUUUGUAAGUGCACUGUGAUGUGCAAUUUGGGCGUGAAGAAGCAUGUUGCGGUCCAUGGGUUUGGAGUAUAGAGAGAAUUAGCAUUAGCACUUUAAACAAAUGCACAUUAUACACUUUUUUGAACUAUGGUGCAUUUUUGCAGUAUAGUGCAAUAUAACUAUCACAUGUCACUUUAAAUUACAUGUUGCACUUAAUUCACCUUUAUUAGUAAAGCACAUGAGCAAUUAAGUCUGUUAUAUAUUCUUAUAACUAAUUGACUAGGCAGACAUAUUUAGUGUAUUUAGUCAUAUGUUUUAAUUUUACAUGGUUUUUAUCCAUUUGUCUUUACUCUAACGGCUGUAUUGCACCAAUCGCUUUAAGACCGGUGGGUUAUCUUGCCGCCCACACGGCGUCUGCAGGUCACCAUGGCAGCGAGGCAAAGUUUACUUGGGUUGCCAGGGAGAUGCGUGCAACGUCAUGCCGUAGUGCAGUACGCAUUGGCUGUUUAUGCACAUGCGCACAGUGAACAGUAGGACGCCGAUCGGGUGGCAACAGCUGUGGUGAGUCUAUCAUUCAUUUACUUGUUUUACUUGUAGUAUAUAAGACAGUUUAGUUUAUAUAGGUCUUAUGUAUGUAAUUUUUGAUCCUGAGGAAAGCCCAGAGUGGGGCUGAAACGUCGAUCUUUCUUUAUUUUUAAUGUAUAUCUAAUAAAGCUAUUUUGAUUUUAUAAGAAAACCGAGGAGUGCAGUCAUCCCUAUUGAAUUUAUUAUAUGCAUCAGCCAGUUGACUUUGGCACCCGGCAAUACCUAAGGAAAGCGUGAGUGCAAGGAAGCCUUUUGCUUUUUGUGUGUGUGUAUAUAUAAUGUCACUAUAGCGUUCCUUUAAUACUUUUAACACUAAUAAGCAUCUUUUAAUGUUAUCAUAUAAUGUUUGUUUUAUUUUUAUGAGAAAGCUAUGAGAAGAUGUGUUUUGAGAAUGAAUGAUGUGUCUACUGUAUCAUGGGACAUUUGAAUUAGAAACACACUAUUUGGCAGCUCCACAUCUACUUCAUUUCAGCACAUGUGACUGUCUGUGUUGUAACAAUCUAUUGCUCUGCAUGUGUUUGUGGCAAUCUAAGAACUACUGGGAUUAUUAACUGGUAGGGGGGUUAAAAGUACAUAACUAGUCAUUAGAAUAUCUAAUUUUGUAGUCUUGGAUAAAAUCUGUUUAAUGGUGGUAUGUAUGCACAAAAAUUAAAAUUUUUGCCCCUAGAUUUGGGGCCUUACGAAGGUUUAAGAACUAGUGUAGGCAUGAUAUGCAAAUGUAAGAAACAGGUUUUAUCUAUUUCUAUAUUUAGGCUUGACAAAUUUGCUUGAAAUCUAGGAGUCAGCUAAAAAAAAUUAGGAGCCAGGUAUUUUGGGUUUUUUUAAGCUUAAUUUUCAGGGGCAAAAAUAGAAUUCUUAAAGGGAUACUAUAGUCACCAGAACCACUACAGCUUAAUAUAGUGGUUCUGGUGUCUAUAGCUUGUCCCUGUAGGAUUCUUAAAGGGACACUAUAGUCAUCAGAACAACUACAGCUUAUUGCAUUUGUUCUGGUGAGGAAAAACAUUACCUUCAGGCUCUUUGCUGUAAACACUGUCUUUUACAGCCUAGCGAUAACUUCACUGGCCACUCCUCAGAUAGUUGUUAGAGAUCCUUCCUGGGUCAUGGCUGAAAAUGCAUCCAAACAUUCAGUGUCUCCUCUGCAGACACUGAACUUUCCUCAUAGAGAUUCAUUGAUUCAAUUCAUCUCUAUGAGGAGAUGCUGAUUGGCCAGGGUUGUGUUUGAAUUGUGUUGGCUCUGCCCCUGAUCUGCCUCGUCAGUCUCAGCCAAUCCUAUGGGGAAGCACUGUGAUUGGAUCAGGCUACCACUUCUGCUGAUGUCAGCAGGUAGUGUGCAGGUCAAAGGGAAACCGUGACAAAGCAAGUCGCUCCAGACUUGAAUACAAGUUAGAUUUUACUAUAUUUAUGAAGGCAAAGGGAGCUAGAUUGUGGUUUUAACUCUAUAGGGUCAGGAAUACAAUUUUGUGUUCCUAACCCUUUAGUGCUCCUUUAACCCCUUGACGACCGAUGACGGUUCAGGACAGUCAUCGGAAAAAUCCCCUUGGGGACCGAUGACUGUCCUGAACUGUCAUAACGGUCUGGGGCUACUUACCUGAUCGUCCAUCGGUCCCGAGGCGGCAAUCAGCGCUCCUCCCGGUCCAGAUGGACUUCCUGUCUGCCCGGGCAGUCUCCCCUCGUCAGAUCAGGACCCUGCGGCCGCAAUAGGUGCCUGUGUAUCUGCCUGCAGGGGGACUGUCUGUGCUGACAGGCAGUCUCCCUGCAAGUGAAAAAUAAAAAAUAAAGUAAAAAAAUAAAGCAAUCAGUGUAAAAAAAAGUGUGUGUGUGUGUGUGUAUAUGUGACUAUUAACAAAUUUAUAAUAUAUAGUUAUUAUAUAUAUAUAUUGUGUGUAUAUAUACGCACGUGUGUAAUUUAAAUUAAAAGUGUAUUUUUAUAUUAAUAUACAAAAAUACACUUAGUGUGACAUUAUAGAUAUAUAUGUAUAUAUCUAUAUAUAAUGUCAUACUAAGUGUAUUUUUGUAUAUUAAUAUAAAAAUACACUUUUAAUUAAAAUUACACACGUGUGUAUAUCUACAAUAUAUAUAAUUAUAUUAUAAAUAUGUUAAUAAAAAUAAAUAACAAAAAGUAAAAUUUUUUUAUAAAAUAUAUAUAUUAAAAAUACGAAAUAUACAUAUGUCCAUAUACAUAAUUACAUAAAUAAUUUCAUAAAUAUACACGUAGACGUCAAAUAUAUACGUAUAUAUAUUAAAAUUCUACGUGCGUAUUUAUGUAAUCUUUUUACCUAAUUAAGUAAUUUUAAUGAUUGCAAUUUGAGGGACCUGCCUGACAACCCAGGCCGAAAGUCCAGAGAAUUUAAUUUGCUAGCACUGUGUUUAACCCUGUAACUUUCUAUGACACCCUAAAACCUGUACAUGGGGGGAGAACUGUUUUACUUGGGAGACUUCGCUGAACACAAAUAUUAGUGUUUCAAAACCGUAAAACAUAUCACAGCGAUGAUCUUGUAAGUGAAAGUGACGUUUUUUGCACACAAACAGCACUUUCACUGAUAUUAUUGCUGUGAUACCUUUUACUGUUCUGAUACACUAAUAUUUGUGUUCAGCGAAGUCUCCUGAGUAGAACAGUACCCCACAUGUAGAGGUUUUAUAGUCUUUGUGAAAGUUACAGGGUCAAAUAUAAGGCUUGAUUUUAUUUUAUUUAUUUAUUUAUUUAUUUUUAAUUGAAAUUUGUCAGAUUGGUUAGGUUGCCUUUGAGAGCGUAUGGUAGCCCAGGAAUGAGAAUUAGCCCCAUGAUGGCAUACCAUUUGCAAAAGAAGACAACCAAAGGUAUUGUAAAUGGGGUAUGUUCAGCCUUUUUUAGUAGCCACUUAGUCACAAACACUGGCCAAAGUUAGUGUUUUUUGCAUUUUUAACACACAAACAAAUAUAAAUGCUAACUUUGGCCAGUGUUUGUGACUAGGUGGCUACUAAAAAAGACUGGACAUACCCCAUUUUGAAUACCCUGGGUUGUCUACUUUAAAAAAAAAAUAUGUACAUGUGAGGUGAGUGAUAUAGAUAUAGAUAUAUAGAGAUAGAUAGAUAGAUAUCUAGCAAUUUCCUACUUGUAUUUAUAGGCCUAUAACUUGCACACAAAAAAACAACCAAUAAAGCAUGUAAACACUGGGUGUUUUUAAACUCGGGACAAAACUUUGAAUCUAUUUAGCAGUUUUUUUUAAAAUUAGCUUUUGUAGAUAAGUAAAAGAUUUUUCAAGUAAAAGUCCAAAAACAUGUUGUUUUUUUUUUUUCUUCAAUAAAAUAUAUGACCUGAUUAAUGAUGUCCCGAACGGUUCGCCACGGACGGCGAACAUAUGCGCUGUUCGGUCCGACCCCUAUGUCAUCAUUGAGUAAACUUUGACCCUGUACCUCACAGUCAGCAGACACAUUCCAGCCAAUCAGCAGCAGACCCUCCCUCCCAGACCUUCCCACCUCCUGGACAGCAUCCGUUUUACAUUCAUUGUGAAGCUGCAUUCUUAGUGAGCUGUCCAGGAGGUGGGAGUGUCUGGGAGGAAGGGUCUGCUGCUGAUUGGCUGGAAUGUGUCAGCUGACUGUGAGGUACAGGGUCAAAGUUUACUCAAUGAUGACAAAUAGGGGGCGGACCGAACACGGCAUAUGUUGGCCGUCCGUGGCGAACCGUUCGGGACAUCACUAGACAUGAUACAAAUAAUGGUAUGUAAAGAAAGCCCUUCUUGUCCUGAAAAAAACAAUAUAUAACUUGUAUGGGAUCCGUAAAUGAGAAAGAGAGAGGAAAAUUACAGCUAAACACAAACACCACAAAACUGUCAAAACUGCUCUGGUCCUUAACGUACAACAUCGCAAAAACAGGCCAGUCCUUAAGAGGUUAAUGUAAAUACACUUUCAGAGAAAGGGCAGUGUUUACAUUGCCGCCUAGUAACACCUCUAUGUGCAGUCACUUAGACAGCCAUUAGAAGUGCUUCCUAUCUAUGUGCUGCACAAUGUGCAACGCUUGCGUUCAGCGUCUCCUAUGGAAAAGCAUUGGCUUGGCUGAGAUCUUGGGAGAGCUGGAGUGAACUGGCUUUCCUUGGGGUCCACUGGGGCUACUGUAAUCUUCCUGCUUUGCUCCCUCUUACACUGAUUACUGAUGCUGGGGCCAGAGUGACCUCAUAUUCCAGCUCCAGGCAUCAUUGCAGGGCGCCAGAGCGCCAGGAUUUCGCUCAGCCGGCUUCCUCCGCUCUACAUUAGCCUGGCCACCUGCAUUCUCCCUUGCCAUCUCUGCUGAACGGGGUGACAUAUCCCAGACGCCAGGACAAAAUUCAUAGUCGUCAUGGUGACCUGGCACCUGGGAUUUGUCGAGCCCUGUCCUAGUCCAGUUCUACACAAGUGUACCUAUGCUCAGCAUUUCCAUUCUCUGCGUGGAGGCGUUUAACGUUCCCCACAGAGAUGCAUUGAUUCAGUCCAUCUCUGAGGAGAUGCUGAUUUGUGCUGCGUUUUGCCAUGCAUUUGCAACAGACUGCCCAUGUGAUCGGAGGGGGGCGAUCACCUAACUAGACACACACUUACUGAUUUGACACACUCACAACCUAUUACAGUGGGACCUCGGUUUACAUAAUUUUCGGUUUACAAAUGAAAAUCCAUUGAAAAUAAUGCCUCGGUUUACACAUUUUUUUGUUUUCGCAAUACAAAGCAAGUUUCCCCAGGAUGCAUUGCACCUGAGAGGUUUAGAGCACUGCCCCCUGCAUGCUGGAGCCUGUGGGUAGCACGUGGCGUCAAGUGUGGAGGUGUUGGAGCGGCUUUUGCAUCACGUUUUGGAGCCAUUCUGGAAAUUGUUUGCAGUUGUUUUGGGACUUUUUGGUGCAUUUCUCAAGCUGUGGAAAGGUAGGGAGCUGAGCUUUGUUGUUUGCAAGCCUUUUAUUGUGUGUUCUGCAUUGUGGGUUGGUUUCCAUGCCAGCUCAUUUUGACUUUUUUUUUUUUUUUCCUGACCUCCAGAACGGAUUAAUUGGUUUUCAAUGCAUUCCUAUGGGAAACCGCGUUUCGGUUUACAAAUUUUUCGCAAUAAGAAAUGUCCCGGAGAACACAUUAAAUUCGAGGUCCCACUGUGUUUUUUUUUUUUUCUUAUUUAAGUCAAGCUAAGCCCUUCCUACCUGUGGGGAGAGACACAGUGGAUCCUAGGGGUCCAGUGUGUCUGUCAUCUUCCUUGUGCGCCGUUAAGUGAUGCUGGAGCCAUGUCAUAUCUCACUAGAGGAUGCAUGAGGAAGCAGAGCAUGAAGAUGAUGGCUACUUCGACUCCUGUUUCCAUUGUUCACAGGGAGGCUGAAAAACACUCAGACGCCAAGGAAAAUUCCUAGUCACCAUGACAACCUUGCACCUGUGAUCUAUAUUGAUGUAGUAAUUUGUAUUGUCCAUUGAUGAGAGCUUUUCUGCUUCAGCUUAUGUCGUAUUGAUGUCACAGUUGCACAAGUUAGGUCAAAUUGAUGCAAUAAAAGAGGUAGCGAAAACCCUUACUUUGUUGUGUCUGUGCUAGUGAGGCUGACGUAUAGUUGCAGUUUAUAAACCAGUUUCACAACUGAGACAGGGUUCAGGACACUAUCUGCACCAUAAAGUUGCAGUAAUGCAAUAGCUGCUUUUAUUCUUAAAAUGACCCUUUAAGAUCCAGUCAUUCUAAUUUUUGUUUAUUAUGCUAUAAAUUAUUCUUGUCUGUGCUGGUGUACAUAUUCUGUCAAAGUGCUGUUUAUUGGAGGUAUUCUGCAAAAGCAUUUGGGAUUUCUAAUACGUAUCAAAUCAAUCAAAUUGGUGAAUUAAAGUUCUUACAUGCGAACUUUAAUACACUAAUUUGACUGAAUUAAAAUCUAGUGAGUGCUCUAAUUUUUUUGCAUUUCAUAUACUUUGGAGCGCCCUGGUUUGAAUAAGGCAUUGGUAUAUUAAAAUGUAGGUAGAGUGCCAGAUUAUUUGAGAGAGAUAGAUAUAGAUAUAUAUUUAUUUUCUAGGGACUUGAAAGAGAUCAAUAUAACUUGGCUUUUAUUUCCUCCAUAAUAAAAGAUGUCAACGUUUCAGCUCCAACACAGAGUUUUCAUCAGGACAAUGAACAAUUACAAGUGUUUGUAAUAAGCUUUCAUAAUUGACAUAUUUAUAAUCUGGUAAUUUGAUUACCCUUAUGUUCUUGAGCCACUGCUCUGACUUCACAGUAGGCUGAAAAUGGUGGUAGGCACAGUAGGUUCGGCUGUUGGGAUUGUGGUUGAUCCCACUGUGCGUCUCAGCUGUUGCUGGGAUACAGCCUGAUACGCAAGCUCACCUCUCCCCCUUCCCCUCUGGGCCUGCAGCACACUUGCACCUGGCAGAGUGGGUGCACAUCUCGGCCAGCUGUGAACUCUGUGAGUAUGUGAUGUGGGUGUUAUGUGGUUAUAUAGUUCAUGUUUGCACAUUUGUAAUUGUUUAUUGUCCGUGUUGGAGCUGAAACGUUGACUUCUUCCUUUUAAGCAGUAAAUAAAAGCUAAGUUUUAUUAAUCUAUUUCAAGUCCCUGGAGUGCUUUUUUUUUUUAAAUACUUUUUUCCAGACCAGCACUGGUCAUUACUACGAUUAACCUGGAGGUCAAGCUACUGCGAUAUAUAUAUAUAUAUAUAUAUAUAUAUAUAUAUAUAUAUAUAUAUAUAUAUAUAUAUAUAUAUAUAUAUAUAUAUAUAUAUAUAUAUAUUCUCAAAAUUCUGUUACUCCAAUAAAAAGGUAUUACAAGAUAAAAUUUGUAUCUUGUAAUACCUUUUGUUAUUGGAUUAACAGAAUUUUAUAAUGACAAGCUCUCAGGAGAACCUCCCUUUAUCAAGUCUAAAGCAUUUCUGGUGGUACUCUUCUACACAUUAACAAAUUCAUGACACGGGAAAACUCACACCUUGAAGUAUUACGAAAACACCUUCAAAUCUCUACUUUAAAAAAUAUUGAUACAACAAUCUGUGUGUGUGUGUAAAAUAUAUAUAUAUAUAUAUAUAUAUAUAUAUAUAUAUAUAUAUAUAUAUAUAUAUAUAAUGUGUGUGUGUGUAUGUAGAUAUCGAUAGAUAUCUGUAUCUAUCCGGUCGUCUCCAUGGUGGGCAUUGCUUCUCUUGUAGUCAAGUAGCUAGUCCAUCGAAAAACCCACCCAGAGUUGAGUCUGAACUGAACUCGAAGAAUAUCUGGGAGAAAGAAGCAUCUCAUAACACCAAGGCCCAGUGGCUACCAGACCUGAAAGCAGACCACUGCAUGCUGCCAGAACAGGAACUAGUCCCCAUCACAGUCGAAGAUAUCCAACAGAGCAAAUCACACAUGAAGAGCUGGUCAGCCCCAGGACCUGACAUGAUCCAAAACUACUGGAUAAAGAAGUUAACAGUGCUGCAUGAACUCCUAGCAGCACAAAUUAACCAGCUACUAGCAACAGGCUCCCACCCUGACUGGCUUACAUAAGGCAGAACAAUACUGGUCAUGAAGGACCCUCACAAGGGAACACCAUCCUACUACCGACCAAUAAUCUGCCUCCCAACAACAUGGUAAUUCAUGUCUGGCAUCGUAGUCUCCAAGAUCCAAGGGCAUAAGAGUCAAUAUAUGAGCUAAUACUCAGAAGGGGAUUGGAAACAAAAGCAGAGGAUCAAAACACCAACUACUGGUAGACCAAACAGUCACAAGGGAUUCUAAGACCAGACAGACCAAUCUUUCCACGGCCUGGAUUGACUACAAGAAAGCCUAUGACACAGUGCCACACACAUGGAUACUGGAAUGCUUGGCUCUCUACAAGGUCAGCAAGGCAAUAAGAGCCUUCAUCAAGAACUCGAUGAGCAAGUGGAAAACUCUAGAAGCCAAUUCCUGGACAAUAACUCAAGUGAACAUCAAAUGUGGCAUAUACCAAGGUGAUACAAUAUCCCCAAUGCUGUUAUGCAUAGGCCACAACCCCCUUAGCCAGAUUAUGAAGAAGAGUGGAUACAGGUUCAAGAGUGGAGCCACCUACUCUACAUGGACAACAUCAAGCUGUGUGGCAAGAUUGAGCGAGACAUUGACUCACUGAUCCAUCUAACUAGGAUAUACAGCAAGGACAUCGGAAUGUCGUUCGGACUAGAGAAGUGUGGCGGAAGAUGGCAAAAAGAGGGAAGAUGAUCAGGACAGGAGGAGUUGAAGUUCCAGAAGGCCAUAUAGAAGAUGUAUAGUGGGGGUACCACAAACACAUGGCAACCAUGAGGGAGAGGCAAGGAGGAUAGCAACAUCAAAUUACCUCCAAAGAGUUACAGGCCAUGAAGUCCCAACUCAAUGGCAAGAACAGGAUCCAAGCCAUCAACACAUAUGCCCAACCGGUCAUCAGGUACACAGCUGGAAUAAUAACCUGGCCAAGAGAAGAACUGGUCACCAUGGAUGUCAACUCACAUGGAAACUACUCACUAUGAAUGGAGCAUUCCACCCGAAAUCCAGCACCCAGAGACUGUACACUUGCCGGAAGGAAGGAGGCUGGGGCUUGAGGAGUAUCAAGGCCACAGUCCUGGAUGAAACACGGAGCAUCCACAAGUACAUCACAAAGAUGGCUCCCAAAGUUGAACUGCUAAGGGAUAGAGGAGGUUCCUUGUCAAGACAAACCUUUCCAUGGGGUUUACCACCGGCAGAUAGUGGAUGUGGCUCACAUGAUAAAAUCCUGCCAGUGGUUUGAAAAGGCAGGACUGAAAGCCAGCACUGAGGCACUAAUCCUAGCAGCACAUGAACAAGCACUCAACACCAGAUCAAUAGAAGCAGGAGUCUACCACACCAGGCAAGACCCAAGGUGCAGACUAUGCAAAGAGGCCUCUGAGACAACCCAUCACCUAGUAGCCGGAUUCAAGAUGUUAGCAGGAACAGCAUAUACACGGAGAGACACAACAAAGUUGCUGGGAUUGUCUAACGAAACGUGUUCAAAAUAUGGAUUGGACCUGCUUAAGUCCAGAUGGGAUACCACAAAGGGUAGUUGAGAAUGACAUGGCUAAGAUCCUGUGGGACUUCAAGAUCCAGACAGACAAGUGCUGGCCAAGCAACCCAACAUUGUGGUGACCAGGAAUGAAAGACUGCAGUCGAGGUAGAUGUGGCAAUACCCAGUGACUACAACAUCAGGAAGAAGGAACAUGAGAAGAUGAAGAAAUACCAAGGACUGAAAGAAGAACUAGAAAGGAUGUGGAAAGUGAAGGCAGUAGUAUUCCCAGUUGUGAUAGGAGCACUUGGGGCUGUGGCUUAAACAGAUACUGCGCAGAACCCUCAAACUCCCAGGCCUCUGGUAGAGGACCCGAGAAUGAGGAAUAAACAUACCACUCAGGAGGGGUGAGAAAAUCUAAUUUUAUAUCAUUCAUUCAUACAUACAUACAUACUUGGCUAAAGCAAGACCUAUGCGUCGGUGGAAGAAUAAGAAGGCUGAAUGAAAAUACUUUAACCCUUAAUGGAAGAACAGUUCCAGGGAACCUCAAGCUCUAUAACUACUAAAAUGAGAUGAAAUAAUUAGUUAUUUUAGAUAUUUUACAACAGAUCUCUUAUUAAAAAAAAAAAAGUAUUCAAUUUUUACCUAUGUUGUAAUGCAUAUGGUAAUACUUCCUGUUAUUUGAAGGUGUUUAUAAUACUUCAAGGUGUGAGUUUUGCAAUGUCAAGUAUUUAACUUAUAGGAAGGUACCACCAGUACCUUUGAGAGUCCGAAAUUUCUUUCUGUGUGAAUCUCUAGUUGCUGUGGGAAAUUAGAUAUUUUUGUGUAAUUUAUCCUGCUUAAAAUGUAUUUUCCCUGUUUAUUUCUUCAGGUAAUAACAAGUGAGGAAGCUGAGAGAAGGGGUCAGCAGUAUGACAGCAGAGGAAUCACUUAUCUCUUUGAUCUGGACUAUGAGUCUGAUGAAUUCACUGUGGAUGCAGCCCGAUAUGGAAACAUCUCACAUUUUGUAAAUCACAGUGUAAGCAGACUUUCAAACAAAUGUAAUCACAAUGUGCAUAGACAUGUUACAGGAAUAAGGAGUCCCUUCUUUGUGAUGGUAGAUAGGUGGGGAUGUGAAUAUUAAUAGCUGCUGCUAAUGACUUCCACAGUGAUAAUUUGUAUACAUGCAUUAUGUUUGCACUAUAGUAAUAUUCUUUGUUGUAUUAUUGGUGUGUGUUAAGUGAAGAGUACACUUUUUUAUAAAAAAAUUCUGGAAUGAAGAGAGGUGAACAGCGCUUUGAAUAAAUUAAAUACUGUAUACAUAAGAAAGAAAGUAGCCUUCUGAUUCAUAAAUCUUAAAUACAAAACAAGAGACAAAUUAAUGGUGCAAUACAGUGGAUAAUUACAAGUGAACUAGAUGUGGGUUAAUUGAACACUCCCAUUUUAUAGAGCUGUCUCAGUUCUAUUUUGGAUAUAGCUAGAGGGUCUUUAAGGCUUGAUAUCAUAUGAAAAAAACAUAAGAAAAUCCCUAUGGUAUGUAUAUAAAUGCUGUAAUAUAUAAAGGAGAUUGUGGUGUGAAGAACUUGAGGUGGAACAAUCCCCACCUGAGGAUAUAUGCAGGAACAAGAUGAAAUGCAGGAGCUGGGCAAAGGUAAGUAUUCCACAGGUUUGUAGAAAUAAAAGAUACUUUAUUACUAUUAACCCCUUAAUGACCGAGGACAGUUCAGGACAGUCAUCGGCAUUUUUGCAUUGCCGACCGAUAACGGUCCUGAACCGUCCUAACGGUCUGAGUUACCUGAUCGCCGUCAUUCCCCCGGCGAUCAGCGUGGCUCCCGGUGUGGGGAGACUGCCUGCAGCCCAGACAGUCUCCCCACACUGAAUUAGGACCCCUGUGGCCAUGUGAUCGCUUAACACAGCGAUCACAUGGUCACAAUAGAUGUCCAUGUGUCUGCCUGCAGGGGGACUGUCUGUGCUGACAGGCAGUCUCCCUGCUAGUGUAAAAUCAAUAAAAAAAAUAGUUAGUGUUAAUAAAAAAUAAAAAUAAAAUUAUAUGUGUAUAUAUGAUAGAUAGAUAUAUAUAUAUAUCUCUAUAUAUAGAUAUAUAUAUAUAUAUAUAUAUAUCUAUAUAUAUAUAUAUAUAUAUCUCUAUAUAUCAUAUAUAUAUAUAUAUAUAUAUAUAUAUAUAAUGCCAUACUAAGUGUAUUUUUAUAUUAAUAUGUACUUAUAUUAAUAUAAAAAUACACUUAUAACUAAAUUACACACGUGUAUAUAUAUAUAUAAUAUAUAUAAUAACUAUAUAUAUUGUGUAUAUAUAUAUAUUAUUAUAAAAUAUAAAUAAGUAAUUUAAAUUAAAUAAAAAUGUUUUUAAAUAAUAAAAAUUUUAAAAAAAAUUAUAUCUAUAUGAAAUUUUAUUCUAACUGUAUUUUAAAAUUAAUAUAUAUAUUUAUAUCAAAAUACACUUAGCAUGAAUUUGUAUAUAUAUAUCUAUGUAUAUAUAAAUAAAUAAAAAUAAUACAAAAUAUACAUAUGUCCAUAUACAAAAUUACAUAAAUAAUUAUAUAAAUAUACACGUAGACUUCAAAUAUAUAAAUAUGCAUAUAUAUUUAAAUUCUACGUGCGUAUUUAUGUAAUAUUUUUACAUAAUUCAGUAAUUUUAUUGAUUGCAAUUUGAGGGACCUGCCUGCCAACCCAGGCCGAAAUUCCAGAGAAUUUAAUUUGCUAGCACUGUAUUUUACCCUGUAACGUUCUACGACACCCUAAAACCUGUACAUGGGGGGUACUGUUUUACUCGGGAGACUUCGCUGAACACAAAUAUUAGUGAUUCAAAACAGUAAAACAUAUCACAGCGAUGAUAUUGUCAGUGAAAGUGACUUUUUUUGCAUUUUUCACACACAAACAGCACUUUUACUGAUGAUAUAAUUGUUGUGAUACGUUUUCCAGUUUUUAAACACUAAUAUUUGUGUUCAGCGAUGUCUCCCGAGUAAAACAGUACCCCCCAUGUACAGGUUUUAUAGUAUUUUUGAAAGUUACAAGGUCAAAUAUAUGGGUCAAAUAUUUUUACAUUGAAAAUGGCCAGGUUGGUUACGUUGCCUUUGAGAGCGUAUGGUAGCCCAGGAAUGAGAAUUACCCCCAUGAUGGCAUACCAUUUGCAAAAGAAGACAACCCAAGGUAUUGCAAAUGGGGUAUGUCCAGUCUUUUUUAGUAACCACUUGGUCACAAACACUGGCCAAAAUUAGCGUUCAAUUUAGUUUUUUUACUUUUUUCACACACAAACAAAUAUGAAUGCUUACUUUGGCCAGUGUUUUCGACUAAGUGGCUACUAAAAAAGACUGGACAUACCCCAUAUUGAAUACCCUGGGUUGUCUACUUUAAAAAAAAUAUGUACAUGUUGGGUGUUAUUCAGAGAUUUAUGACAGAUAAUAGUGUUACAAUGUCACUAUUGAUAAAUUUUAAAAAUGUAUGUUUUGAAACCGCAAUAUCCUACUUGUACCUAUAGCCCUAUAACAUGCAAAAAAAAGCACGUAAACACUGGGUAUUUUUAAACUCAGGACAAAAUUUUUAAUCUAUUUAGCAGUUUUUUUCAUUUGCUUUUGUAGAUGAGUAAAAGAUUUUUCAAGUAAAAGUCAAAAAACGUAUUUUUUUCCAAUUUUUCAUCAUAUUUUUUAUUUUUUUUAAAUUAAAAUACAUGAGAUUAUAUAAACAAUGGUAUGUAAAGAAAGCCCCUUUUGUCCUGAAAAAAACAAUAUAUAAUUUGUAUGGGAACAGUAAAUGAGAAAGCGGAAAAUUACAGACAAACACCACAAAAGUGUAAAAAUAUGCCUGGUCGCAAAUGUACAUCGCAAAAAUAGUCCAGUCCUUAAGGGGUUAAAAUGCUAAACGUACCGCUUGCUAUGGUAAAUAAAAGUCUAAAAACAAAUCUGUAGAUGGAGUAAAAUCCUCACUUGACACUUUUCGCCGAAGCUUUUUCGAAAGUGGGUACCGCUUGUUGGCGGUAAGUCCUCGUCUGUCUGCCAAUGAGCCAUCCCUGCACAGCAGGGCUUAGCUGAGUGGCGGUAAUGGAAACUCUUUACAAGUAAGGGUUACUCUGACCAAAAACUGUGUUUUAUUAAAACACAAUUUGUCGGUUGGAGUAUUCCUUUAAGAUGAAACUGUUACUUCUCUGGAAAUUAUACCAUUGAAUAAAACCUUUAAAAAAAAUCACAUAUAACUUGUGUUAACUGGUUUUCAUGUGAUGCCCCAUUUUUAUAUUGCAAUUUAAGACAGCUAGAGGUGCUUACUAUCACGGUUGUGCAGUAUUUGCCCUCACUGCCUACAUGCUUCUCCAUCUAAAUAGGCAAGACAUCUGUAAAGAGAUGCUAAUUGGCACAGCGUUUUGCUGUGCAUGCACAAUAGCCUCCCAAUGCUUUCUUAUUGAAAGUCAUUGAAUUGACUGAGAUCAUCAAGCUUUACUAUCUCAGACAUGGAGCUGGGAUCAGCCGCAGCAAGACUGGCACAGCGUGGGGGGGGGGAGGAUGGGAGGACCAAUAUUGGUCGAUCCCUACUUCUGUGAUCUAAAACACACCCUCACUCAGACAGAAGUAGGGAUCGACCGAUUAUUAUAAUUUUUUUAAUUAUAAUUUUUUUUUUUUUUUUUUUUUUUUGAGCCAAUACCGAUAAUCUGUGAACUUUCAGGCCGAUAGCCGAUAACUUACCGAUACCGAUGUUCUGUACAUUUACAAUUUAAAUACAAAACAAAAAACUAUUUCUACACAAAUCUAAAGUUAACUGAACAUGUUUUACUUAUUUUUUUUGUAACCUUUUUUUAUUUUAUUAUUAAGGUAAAUGCACAAAAUAUACAUGCCAGUCAGAAUUUUUUGUUUUCAAGAGUGAGUGUGUGUGUGUAGUGAAUGCAGUGUGUGUGUGUAGUGAAUGCAGUGUGUGUGUGUAUUUGUGCAGUGAGUGUUUGUGUAAUGUGUGUAAAAUGUGGGGGAGCUUUUUUAACUUUAAAAAAAAAAUGACAUUUUUUUUUUUUACAAUUUGGAUUAGUCCCUCCUCCCUGCUUCUUACCUGGCCAGGGAGGGGGGAUAUGGCAUACCCUGGGGGGGCCCAGCACACUCUUACCUUCCCAGCAGCUCCUCUGUCUAACUCUCGCGGCCUGUGUGCCGCACGGAGCGUUGCCAUGGUAACCCGUGGCAACGCUCUGACGGCCACGGGACUCGCGAGAUUUAGACGGGAGCUGCUGGGAAGGUAAGAGUGUGCUGGGGCCCCAGGAGCGCCGCGGGCCCCCCAGAACCCUGAUGGUGGCCCUGGUCUACAUUGUCAGCAAUAUCGGUAUCUUUAUUGGCCGAUACAGAUAUUGAUGAAAAUACAGAAUAUCGGCCAGACCGAUUAUCGGUCGAUCCCUAGACAAAAGCACACAUUUACUUACUGACAAACACAUCUCUCACGCUCACAAAUUUGUUUUUAAUUCAAUUUAAGUCCACCCAGCCUUCCUACUUUUAGGAGAGCUGGAGUGGAUUCUUUCCCUGGGGUCCAGUGGGGCUGUUGUCCGCACGUGCCAUAUAGUGACGCCGAGGCCGGAGUGACAUUGUUUUUAGACGCCUGCAAUCACUGCAAGGCGCUUGAGGGAGCAGAGCAAGAAGAGUAGUAAGAUCACAGCUCCCUUGCUGACCGCCUCCAUUCCUUAUAGCCGCCCAACCGCCUCCACUCUCCUUCAGCCGGCUGCCAACUUCAGAAGGAACAGGCUGACAAAUACCCAGGCGCCAGCACAAACCUCAUAGUCACCAUGGCAACCUGGGAUUUGUUGAGCCUGCCUAUAGACCACCUAUUACCUCCUAUGCUUAAGAUCUUAUGUUAGACUAAUUUGUUAUCCAUAGUUUUGUUAGAUGUUGUUCUUUGUCAUUCACGUAAAAUUCAUACAUCUAACCCAAGCCAAAGAGCUCUCACUAAGUUUAUAUUCUAUCUCAUAAACUGCCUAGUUUUUAUCUUACUCUCUAGUGAGUGUUUCAUGUCACAUACUGAUCUUUCUUCUUCAUGCAGUGCUUUAAGACACCUACCUUCAAAUAGACUAUAAUUUCUCAAAAAUAUGACUCACACUUCCUUUAUUUCGUUUGUACCUGCUUGUCUUUUUAUGUAAAUUUGGUUCACUCUGUCUGUCGUAACUCUUCUGUCUUAAGAUACAUUGUAAAAUAAUUUUUGUUGGUUAUAGUUCUGCAUUACUCGAUUACUUGAUUAUGUGAUUGCUAAUGGUCUAAAAACUGCUGUGUGUUUUGUGAUUUAUUUUUUUUUCUUUAUUUUUCUUUUUUUUUAGUGUGAUCCAAAUCUUCAAGUAUUCAAUGUUUUUAUUGAUAACUUAGAUGUGCGUCUUCCACGAAUUGCAUUGUUUUCAACGCGAAACAUCCGAGCUGGAGAGGAGCUUACAUUUGAUUAUCAAAUGAAAGGUGAUUUGCGAGCAGCCAGUUGUUUGUGCCUGUCACUCAUUUCUAAGACAAAAAAUUCUUACAAUAUCCAUGCAAUGCAGCACGUGCUUGAUCUCCUUUUAAUAUAUUGGCAUUAUUGUCUUUUUAAAAGUGAAUUUUAUAAUAGGUAACCAAAGAAUAACAGUGUAAGUAAUAUAAUGUGGGGGGGUGGAGGGGUUCUACUUCUCUUUGCUGUCCAACCUUUCUGGAUUAUACGUCUUAUGGAGCACAAAGGGAUUAGCUACAAGUUUGGGAUGAGUGUGUAGAGUGACACUAUUGAAUUUUAACUGUAAAUGAAAAAUCAAAUGGUAAUACUUAUCAAGAUGUAUCGUUUCACCCUCAGGUUACGGAGAUCUUAGUUCAGAUUCUAUUGACAUGAGCCCAGCCAGGAAGAGGGCCCGGACGGCUUGCAAGUGUGGUGCUUCCACUUGUCGAGGAUUCCUUAACUAAAUCAUGGUUUCUAUAUCCGUGCUCAGUGCAGUACAUAUUUUCAUAUGAUGUGAAAACAAAUUAUAUUUUUAUGGCUUUCCUUGUAUUAAAUGCAUAGAUUUGUGUGUUAUUUUUAUUCUACAAAAUAAAAUUUUAAUGCCUAUUUUGAAUACAUUCAGUUUUGUUUAAGAAAAAUAACUAAGCACUGCAGGCCUUUGCAAUCACUCGGAUACUAACCUAUUUUAUAUGGUUGGAUUGGUUUUUUUUUUGUACAGCUUUUAAGUUAACCAUUUGUCCACAGUAGCCAGUUGGCUGUUUC